AUGAAGAUUGUAAGUUGGAAUGUGAGAGGCUUGGGGAAUGCAAGAAAGAGAGCUUUAAUAAAGGAGGUCCUAAGGAAAGAGAACCCAGAUAUUUUUUUAAUCCAGGAAUCUAAACUCAUGACAAUUGAUAAAAGGUGGGUUAGAAGUGUGUGGAGAGCAAAUGGAUUGAGUUGGGUAAUGAGUCCAUCUUGGGGCUCAUCUGGAGGGAUAGUCACUUUGUGGAAAGAUGAAGUGUUGGAGGGAGUGGAAGAAUUAAUGGGAAGAUUCUCAGUUUCUAUCAAAUUCAAGCAAGUGACAAAUGAGUUUGAAUGGGUCUUAACUAAUGUUUAUGGCCCUACUGGCUACAAGCAAAGGAAUGAUCUGUGGGAUGAGUUGGAAGACAUUAGAGGUUGGGAAGAGCACUGGGGAGAUUUGGUGUCAAGGGCCUUGCCGAGAGUUACCUCUGACCAUUGGCCAAUUAUGCUAAGCAAGGCAGAUUUUGGAAAUAGUGGUCCUUCCCCCUUUAGAUUUGAGAAUAUGUGGCUUCUGCAUCUAGAUUUUAAAGAGAAAGUGAAGCAGUGGUGGAAUGAAAUUAACCCGAGGGCAAACUGGGCAGGAAUGAAGUUCCACUGGAAACUAAAAGAGCUGAAAGUCAAAAUUAAGGAGUGGAAUAUUCUUCACCUUUGGGAGGAUAGGAGAAAGGAAGCAACGGUUGAUAAGCCAGAUCAAGGAAUUAGUUGCAAAGGAAGAACAAGGAUGUUUUGGGGAAAAGGACAAAGAGGUGAAGUGGGAGUUGAGGAAAAAUCUGGAGGAUACAAUUUUUAA